GGGUACUUUUAACACUACUGGUUAACUUAGCAAAAAUAACUUGUUAUUAUUUUAUGUUCAAAGAAACACUGCGCGUGUGCAGUGUUUUAUGUUGGUGACGUCUUGAUGAAGUAGGGUUAGCUUCGUUUGCACCACCUGAGGGCGACAUUCUAUCGAUCUGAUCCUAGCUUAAUUGUGGAAGUGACGUUGGUCACAGUUGUGAUGAUCAUCUUUGUGUCAGUUGGAUCUGUAAAGCAGAGAGCGGAGAAUGGCGGGCCUGUGGAGAUCCUACCAGGCUCUGAUGACCAGGCAUCCAUGGACUGUCCAGAUAAUCACAGCUGGCACGCUGGUGGGGGUGGGUGAUGUCAUCUCCCAGCAGGUGCUUGAGAGGCGGGGUCUAGCCAAUCACAAUGUGACACGGACGGCCAAGAUGAUGAGCAUCGGAUUCUUCUUUGUCGGUCCUGUAAUAGGUGGAUGGUACAAGGUUCUGGACAAGCUGGUCACUGGGGGGACCAAAAGUGCUGCCAUGAAGAAAAUGCUUGUCGAUCAGGUGGGCUUUGCUCCGUGUUUCCUGUGUGCCUUCCUGGGGAUCUCUGGAACUUUGAAUGGACUGACUGUGGAGGAGAAUGUUGCCAAGCUCAAGAGGGACUAUACAGAUGCUUUGAUCUCAAAUUACUACCUAUGGCCUCCAGUCCAGAUUGCCAACUUCUAUUUCAUCCCACUGCACCACAGAUUGGCUGUGGUCCAGAUUGUAGCUGUCGCCUGGAAUUCCUACUUGUCUUGGAAAGCCAAUAAGAUGUAAUGGAUGUUUCAGGUCCCGCCCUACCUCACACAUAGGACUAUUAAUGAGACUUUUACACCCAUAAAUCGUGUCAUAAACUGAAUUCAGAAAGCUGUGAAUCCCACACUAAGAUGGUGGUCAGGAACAAAUGGUUAACAAACUAUGAAAUACUGCAUAGUGGACGAUUUUUUUGAAAGUUUGUCACACCUACACACCUACUGUGACGAGUACUGAGGAUACGAAGAGGCAGGACGCAGA